AUAAGAGGUGGGUCAAACUGUCAGGCGAUCGAAGAACCGGAUAUCAUGAUAUCAUGAGCCAUAUCGGUUAUCGACCCACGGAUGAUCCGGAUCAUCCCGUGCCCUUGUCCCAUUGGGAGCAUUCCGCGGCUGGCGGGAUCAGUUCCUGCGGUACGCGAUUGGUGUGCCAGCCCCUGGACGUGCUCAAGAUUCGGCUCCAACUGCAGAUUGAAGACCACGCCCAGGCCAAAUAUCGAUCCUUACCCCACGCCCUCACCUCUAUCUGUCGCGAGGAAGGCCCCAUCGCCUUGUGGAAAGGUCAUGGACCCGCUCAAUUCCUCUCGCUCACGUAUGGCGUGUGCCAGUUCUCGGCCUUUCACAUGGGCACGCAAUGGCUGUACUCGGCUCAGGCCUGGACCGUGGAGCCCGCCUACCGACCCCUAGCUCACGCUUUAGUGGGCGGAAUGGCCGGCCUCGUAGGCACCGUUCUGUCCUAUCCUUUUGAUGUGAUUCGAACGCGAUUGGUCGCCCAAGGUGCCGAUCGACAUUAUCAGCACACUUUGGAUGCGGGUCGACAAAUGUAUCGGAGCGAGGGGAUUCGGGCGUUUAGCCGGGGUCUGGUACCCACCUUUGCUACUGUUGCACCGUACUCGGGGCUGCAGUUUGGCUUCUAUUCGUUUUUUAUCCAAUUGGAACGCUCAUUGGGCUGGGGGCAGAAAAUGGACUCGGACAUGCCAACAGUGACCAUGGGCUCGAGUUUGAGUGCGGGUGCCUUGGCCGGUUUGGGCGCUAAGUUAGCCGUCUACCCCUUUGAUACAACCAAAAAACGCUUGCAAGUCCAAGGCUUUGAGGUGGGUCGUCGAGCGUUGGGUCGAACCGAUGUUUAUUCAGGGAUGACGGACUGCAUAAGUAAGACCCUUCGGCAUGAGGGCCUCCGAGGUCUGUACCGAGGCCUCACGCCCGGGCUUUUGAAGGCUGUGGUCACCACUUCGAUCAAUUUUUGGCUCUACGAAUAUACUUGCCUUCUCAUAACCUAUUGUCAUCGAAACUAGUGUCAGUCGUGAUGUCCGACCUACUAUAUAUUAAUAGAAACCGAAUUCAUUCAGUCUGCCUCACGGUGUCUCUAACCUCAUGUUCAGUCAUGGUUCUCUUUUAG